AUGACGCUCGAUCUCAACGCGCACCACGCGCUCGACUACAGCCUGGGCUUCAUCCUCCUGGGUACGAUGCUCAACAUUUGGCUUUAUGGCUUCAGUGUCGUGCAGACCUACCUGUAGUGAGUACUGAGGCGGCGAUGCAUCCAUACGCGCAUCAACCCAGUCGCGUAGUGAUGCAAACGCUCGCACCGCACACGCUGUCCGUGCUGACAUUCGCCCCGCCGCUACAAACAGCUUCGUCAACUUUCCAAACGACAAGCGCCUCAUGCGAAUUUUUAUCGCAGUGCUCUUCAUCGCCGACACUCUCCACACUGCAUUGUGCAGCCACUUCACAUACUUCUACUUGGUUUCCAACUUUGGAGAUCUUGAAGUUGCUUCCGUCGCGACGCACACUUUCAGCGCCGAUCCUGUCCUCACCUCUGCUAUCGCCAUGAUGGCCCAGGGCUUCUUUGCUUGGCGCAUUUGGAAGCUCACGUCUCAUUGGUGGAUCUCUGCUGUAGUUGGUGUCACCGCCAUCAUCAGCUUCCUCUCCUCCAUCGGCACGACGAUCGGUGUGGAGAUCGUACGCAAGUUUGCAGAGUUUCAGAAGUUUCAGGUCGCCGUCAUUCUCUGGCUGGCUUGCGCUGCCCUUUGUGACAUCAUCAUCACGUCUGCGCUGAUUGCUACCCUGAACAAGAGCCGCACUGGUUUCCAACAGACCGACGACAUCAUCACUAAGCUCAUUCGUCUCACGCUUCAGACUGGUCUACUCACGGCUGGCGUUGCGACCAUCGAUUUGAUCCUUUUCGUUUGCUCCACGACGACUGCGCAUCUGCUCUUCAACUUGCCUCUCGCCAAGCUUUACGUCAAUUCGCUCAUGUCCACUCUCAAUGCUAGAGCUAUGCUCCAAGACCGUCAACGCUACACCAUGAACACCAGCUCUACCGGUGGUGCGACCAAGGAAGCUGCCGCCGUCUCUGGAGUGCGCAACACUCGCCACAGUCGAUUUGUGCCUACGGCCUCCAACAACACGGUCACCGAGAAUGGCCGCGGCACGAGCAGCUUCUUCCGCAAGAACGGCAGCAACGGUGACGGCAACGGACACUUCUUGCGCAAAGCCCCACGUGACGACGUCGAAGGAGGAAUCCACGUUAUGACCAUUGAGGAACGCUACGAGGAUCCCACUGGAGACGCUACCGCUAUCGCCAUGCUUCCUCAGGUCUCUCACGCUAUGGCCGAAGAAGUCGAUGGUCGCCGUUAUGGUGCGCACCCUUAUGGCUUUGGCGCUCAGCCCAGCAGCAAGUCUGUCGAGACCGCUGACACGUUAGGGCAAGAUGGCACUUCGUCGGAAGAGGGCGUCCCGGCUGGCGCUGACACCGGCGUGCCGCGUCCUCAGGCUCACUAA